ACAUUUUUAAUAAAUUAGGUUUCCACUUUAGAGAAAAACUUCGUGUAUGUUUUAUGAAGGGUUCCAUGAGAUCUACAAGGAAAAAAAGUUUCGAAUCAUAAUGUUCAUUAUUAAGGGGGGUACAGAAUCUAGAGUGCCCCCCGCUAGGGAAUUCUUCAAAAAAUCAUUCUUACAUUUUUAAUAAAUUAGGUUUCCACUUUAGAGAAAAACUUUGUGUAUGUUUUUUGAAGGGUUCCAUGGGAUCUACAAGGAAAAAAAGUUUCGAAUCAAAAUGGUCAUUAUUAAGGGGGCUACGAAUAUUUGAAAAUUAUGCAGAAUUGUGCACACUUUCUCCUAAAAAUGGACUGAAAAAUAGAUUAUCUCAAUGGUCUGACAUUUUUUUAAAGAUUCUCCAUCUAAACACUCGCGGUUCCACGUUUCGAUAAUUGAAAUCCGUUCACCCGAUCAAGAGUUACAAUUUUUUCAAAUUUUAAUCACGAAUUCUGAUCGAGGAUACAUACAUCUACAAUAAUUUUGACUCACAGUGCUGUUAAGACGGCCCUGCCUGCUAACGUGUCCACUGAACUAUACUAAUACUACACUAUACUAACGAUACUAGUAUAGUUCAAUGGCCCACUAGUUGCCGGGCAACAAGAAAAUCGAUAAACAAUGCACCAUCGCUUCACUUCGAUUCAAACAGUCGACUAGCGUAGUCCACGAAACUACCCUAAUCUCUAAUCAGUGUCAAAUACAUUUCAUUCUCCAACAGAAAAACAAAAUGGCGGGCAGAAUACGUAAAAAGAAAAUAGCCGCCAAUUACAGAGUCAAAGAACCGAUAACUAAUUUCAAACUAAGAGUCAGAAUCGUACAGCAAAGACCUUUGCUCGCCGAUCUCCUCGAGAACGAGGGGGAUACCAGAGACUCGAAUUAUCUCGAAGAGGAGGAUCGUAUUUUUGGCUGGCAGGAGAAGAUAUUCAGCCAAUGGGAGGCGAGCAUUUACAGGGACGAGAAGAACUGCCUGACCGACCGUCAAAAAAUCUAUUCCCGACGGAUCAAUCAGGAGAACGUCCAAGGACGUCAAUUGUACACGUACACGGCACACGAUUCCUAUUACGAGGCCAACGACAUGUUAACCCGGCCCUACAAAACGGAACUGGCGAGCAGAAACGAAACCGCGUUGCCCAAGUUUCAGAAUCGCAAACCGUACCCGGAGAGAUACAACAAAUCAGUAAUGGACGAGAGACCCGAUACAAAUCGGAUACGAGCUAAUCAUUAUCUUUACAUGGAACGUUCCAAGAUGUAUGUCAUGGUCGAUUUGUCGCGACGAGAUGAAACCUUGACGGCCACGGACAAGGAUUCCGAGGUGGUGCUGUGCGCGAUCACGUACGACAAAUUGCACAAAAUUCUGUCCGUUGAUCCCGACUUUACCGAUGGCUGUUGCUACAGCGUCGCCAAUUCCAGUGGCGUGGAAUUCAAUUAUUGGAUCGAACAUGCUUCCGAGAAGCAGUCGCCGGGGGAGUUGCAACGAAUACAAAACGAAUCACGAAGAAUAAUCAAAGAGCAACUUCUCUACAAGGAGGCAGAACUAUCCCCCAGUUUCCAACUAACAUCCAUCAACACGUACAAAAUCUUCCUAAAAUUUGAUAUCAUGUCUGCUCAUGAUUUCUUCUUCGAUGGUCUCUGCAUUUCCUACUACGUCGACUUACCAGACCAUUGGAGCGCAGACCAAAAUGAUAAACUAUUUGGAAGAACCCAAAGGUCUAAUUUAAAUCACAAUUCUGCAUAUUUUGGUUACUCUGCAGACAUAUCAUUGAACUUUGAGUCAACCAAUGGAUUCUAUGCAAACAAAAUUUCACCAUACUGGCCUCGCCUGCUAAUGUCAGUGGUAUCUCUCGAUAACUGGUUUAGGUAUCGUACAGAAGGCUAUGCAGCUGUGCCUCUGCCUGCGAUACCUGGUGUGUACGAGUUCAAUGUACCCACAUGGCGAGCAACAGGAAGCAUUGUUAAUUCCCUUAGGAGAUUCUUUACAGGUGGUACAUACGAACUGGAAGAUGUUACGUACUGUACUAUCCCUACAGGACACGAAGGUAAAACAUUAAACAAAACGGAGUUGCAUGUUACGCCAAGUGGUUCUAUUAAACUAAAAAUGAAUAUGGUUUGCCAAACUCAUACUUCCAUUAACAAUUAUGAUCAGUUGAAUUAUUUUGAGAAACUGAGCACAGACAAACUUUUAACUAACGUAGAAAAUAUCUUCGAACAAUUUAAGGCAGCUAGGGAACGCAUGAUACAAGUCAGAAAUUUAAAUAUGUAAUUAUUUAAGUUUACUUGAAUAAAAAGUUAAAUUUUUAUGUAUUAAUAAUUAGACUGUGGAUGUUUAUGCAUUUACAAAAAUAUUGGACAAUGAAUAAGAAUGUACACAAAUACAAAAAUAUCUGAAU